UGGGGGGCACCCAGCCCGAUCUAUAAAGGCUGCCUGCUGCCUGGAGCCUCAUCCCACGCUCUCCUCUGCUCUCCUCUCCUCGCUUCUCUCCGGUUCAUUUGAUCCACCCCGCAACCAUGUCGUGCACCCUGGACCAGGCCAUCGGGGCCUUGGUGUAUGUCUUCCACAAGUACUCAGGGAAGGAAGGCAAUAAGGACACACUGAGCAAGCAGGAGCUGAAGGAACUCAUCCAGAAGGAGCUCAGCCUUGGCCCGAAACUGAAGGAUGCUGACGUCACCAAGCUCAUGGCCGACCUGGAUCGCAACAAGGACCAGGAGGUGAACUUCCAGGAGUACGUCACCUUCUUGGCAGCCCUGGCCAUGAUCUACCAUGAAGAGCUGGCCAAGCACAAGUGCUAGCCAUAGCUGGGGAUGGGGCAACCUGGAGGGGCCUGCCCUGGGCACCAAGCUGGAAAAUAAAUGCUUUUUUGUAACGCCUUG